AUGGCUCAUCGUAUCGUCACUCAAGUCGUCGUCACGGGCGCCCGUGUCUUCGGCAAGGCCUUCGCCGAGGCCUACAAGCAAGCCCAAGCCUCCUCCAAGUACGCCGCGCAGACGGGCAAGAAGGUCGGCGCCAGCAUGUCUUCCGGUUUGACUCUCGACGAGGCCUGCAAGAUUCUCAACGUCAAGCCCCCGCAAAACGGCGAGGCCAACCUGGAGCAAGUGAUGGAACGAUUCAAGAAGCUGUUCGACCUCAACGAUCCCCAGAAGGGUGGUAGUUUCUACCUGCAAAGCAAGAUUCUUCGGGCCCGGGAGAGGUUAGAGAUGGAAGUCCGACAGGCCGAGCGCAAGAUGGCCGAGGAGAAGGAGCUGCGCGACGGCUGGAAGCCCAAGGUAUAUAAGGACCGGUGA